GAUUUUGGCCAUUUGCUUGGGUCGCCGAGUCCAAAUAGUCAGUCUUCCCCUUUGUCCUCUCCUCCCUCGCUUAUCCCUUAUAGGCGCCGCCUCACUCCACCGGCGGCCGCCGCCGCGACCCUAGAGGGGGCGCCUCGCUUCUGCUUACCGAGGAUCGUUAGGGUGGAUGAAAGGUAGCCCGGAUUCUUCAUCGACGAGAGAGGAGCAGAGGAUUGCUGCUUGGCUGCUACUCGUUUCCUGCGUCCUCCUAUGGCUAUGGCCAUUCCUGCUGCUGCUGCUGCUGCUCUGUGGGUGUUGCCAUGCCACAGAUAGUUGCGUCGCUAGAUUCCUUUUGCCCUCUAAGUUAUCUUCCUUAAUACUGUAUGGAACAGGCCGUUUCCAUGCGACAGACCGGAGAGGUGAUAUGCCGCCUGCACAUGUGGAACCGGGAUGGACUGUCAACAGCUGCCAACAGUCACUACGAAUGCAUCAACCGACCCCCCCUUUCGAUCCGGACAAAUCUAACCCACUUCUGCUCCUGCCCAUGCGACUCAUCAGAAAGGAGCAGUCCUGACAAUUAUGCAUCUAGUGUAGCAAGUGACUCAAAUGGUGGUGGCAUUGGAGCAAGGAACGGGCAUCCGCUUCGUUAUUCUUCAAAUGUCCAUCUUCUCGACGAGAAUGUCAACCUCAUCUCAACUGAGUCUGUGGCACAGCUUGAUACCGCUAUGGGCCGUUGCGGAGAGAUCAUAGGUGAUCACAGAGAAGAACUGCUCAUGGUCUUCACUAACAAUUCAGAUAUGUUGAGCAGUCUCUUCUAUGAAUAUGAUACACCAUGGAUUCUUGGUAAAAACACAAAGACAUCCAUGGAUUUUUCGAAGUGUGAAGAUCUUGGAAAAGAUUAUCUUAUUAUGCUGAAAAUUAGCACCAAAGUUCUCCAGUCGAUGUUCUGUCAGUUUUGUGGACAAAAUCAACCAUUUUUCCAAACAAAAAAAGACUACUUUCAACAGUUUGCAAAGUCACCUAUUAAGAAGAUGUUGGAGAUUGCACUUUCUUUCAGUGAGUCAAACUGGUCUGAGGAGCAUAUCCGUCCAAUGCUACUUGCCUAUGAUACACUACAAGAUGUCCUUCCUACCAUAAGGGAGUUGUCUCCUGAUGAACCUGACGAGUUUUUUACCAGCAUCUUACAUAACAUGAGGAAUGCUUCCAGGGGAAUAAUUGACAAUAUGAAGCGAUUCAUACAACAUAAGGUGCAAACCUGGGACAACAUUGCUAUUCAUCCAACGACAUGUUUCCUCAUAAAUGCAAUAAAGAUUUUCAACGUUCACAAGAAUUUAUUGCAUUCCACUCUGGUCCCUGGUGAUGGCCAAGACUCAUUUGGUUAUCUUAUUAAUGGCGUCAUUGCUUGCUGGAAAUUAAAGAUCAAAGAGCUUUCCAUGUUAGAUGAUCCAGACAAAAAUGAUUCAGACGGAAACAAUCCAAACUUGUUCAUAUUCUUAUUGAAUAACAUAAAGCAUUUUAAUAGGGAUACAAAUGGUCUGCUGGAUGGGUUAUUGGUCCAUAGGGAGCUCAUUGAAGAGUGCAAGAAUGAGUUCCAGAGUGACAUGGAAAAUUAUACUAGUAGAUAUAUGACUGCAUCUUGGGGUCCAGCCAUAUCUUGUUUGAACAAUCAUACAGGCGGAAGCAUACGUCAAUCUAUGAAUGCAUUCAUUUCAAAGUUUGAAGGUACUUUUGAUUGCCAGAAGGUUUUGAAAGUUCCUGAUAGUGAGCUAAAGCAGAAAUUGCGAGAUGAUAUAGAAAAUUUAAUUUUUCCAGCAUAUGAAAUAUCCUUUGAGGAACUGCAGAGAAAUUCCAAUUCAGGAUUAUUUUGCUCAUGUUUUCCGAGAAAUUUAACAUGCAGCAUGUAUACCCCAGAGAUAUUACGACGUUCUGUGCAAGGCUUGUUUGAAGGAUGAACUCUAUUUCUCCUCCCUCUCUAUAUAUAGUUCCAACAAAUGUACCUAUCUUUGUUCAAUUGACCAGAUUUAAUUGGCAGGGAAACUAUCGAGAUUAAGGUUUGCUAUUAAACUAUCGAGAUUUCGCUGUAACCAAAAUAAAGCCAUGGAAAGUUUGGAUGCAGCAGGACAGGACAGCACCUAGAUUCUAUGGGUGAUAAGUGCUCCAGAGAUGGGAGAUGAGUGGCAGAACAGAAGCAAAGGUCCAAGGUGUGAGAAAGUCAACUGGGGCAAUGAAGACAGCAAAAAUUACGGUUGGUUGGCAAAGACCGCAUGCCAUCGCUGAUGCCAUUCAACUAUGGCAAGUUCGCCUACCAUGGUGAUCUGGUGUGCCACUCAAACUUCAGAAGAGAGCAGUUUGUUAUAUACUAUGUCCUGCCAUUUUAAUUUUCAAGUUAGGGAAAAGGUGACCUUUCUUUCUUUUCUUUUCUUUUCUUUUCCUUUUUACAAGGAAGGGAUAAGGUGACCUCUGUUAUCCUUGUUGACAGGUUUUCUAGUUUUGAGAUACUAGUGCUAAAGAUGCAUAUAUAAUUUGAAAUUGUUUCAGAAUCAGUCAGUUCCAUGGCCUGGUGUGACAGUUUUAUUUUCACACUGCGUUGCCUGCAAAAUGUUGCUGUUUUGUGUUCCUCGUAUGAUAUUUUACUGUGCAUACUGGCCUUGUAAGCAUCUUUUGUAUACUCAUGGCACUAUUUUAAUCAGGGUUUUGCUAA